AUGCCUCCCGAAACACCCAGCAAUAUCCGGGUUUUUAUCCGCUGGCGCGACCAGACCGUCUUCGCCGGCGAGGAGGUCAAAUGCACAGUGACAUUCAAGAAUGUCGCCCCGACACCAGGGCAGCAGAGAACACAACAAUCGCAGCAGCAGCAGAAGCCUCAAGGCGAACGACAGCGCUUGACCGUUCCGCUGCAAGCAAGGGCAAAGGGCAACGUAGGCGUCACGGCACCGCCCUCGACGACCACCACCAGAGGGCAUCGCAGGUCUGCCUUGUCGCUUAGUGUUUCUACAACAAACUCUCACAGCCGGUCGGGCUCAGUACAAUGGCCGCAGACUGCUGGAAGUGGUGGGGACUGGCGGCCGGGACAUUCGCACAAACGAUCGCUGUCUAUUGUAUCGAUUGGGUCGACGAACACCGUGGAGGAGCAUCUCCAGCGCAAUGAACCUCCUCCGUCAAGGCCACAACGACCAAAUCGGGGUCACAACCGGGCGGCCAGCUUACAGAUUCCUCCUCAAGGCGUGACAUCACCGGGGGCAGGGCCACAGUCUGCACCUUUCUUUCCUCGACAUACGAGUUCGCCGUUGUUCAACGCUUCAUAUCCACCUGAUCGGUUCGGACGAAUUCCUGGAGCUCCUCCUUCACCAAACACACCGGGCUUGGGUGGUCAAAGGAGAUCACCAAAGUCCCCAGCGAGACAGCAGAUGCCCGAUUUUCGAUUUCCCGCGGCGCCUCCACCUGGGAACGAUGAAGCUUCUAGAUCGAAUUUUAAAACCGCCGAUGGACUACUUAGUCCGAAGCAUUCUGGCAUGCUUGAUAAUAAUAACUUGGCUGUGCGGUCAAAGGACCAACCGCCAAGUGCUGUUGAUCGUCCGGCGGCCAGAAUUUUGGCAAGUAAUACCAUUCCUGGGGGCACACCACGAAGUAGUGGAGAGUUCUAUUCUAUGAGCAACAACUCCUCAGAGACUUUGGUUUCUGAAUACGUCACGCAGCCUCUGGCAAGGGGCAAUGGCCGACCACCACACCUUCGACGAAGCUCUGGUAUGACGGCCCAGCAGCAAAAGGCGCCAGAGUCAUUGAUGAUGGGUUAUGCUCAGAUCCAAGGAUCCUUCGUCUUGGACGGCUCGCUGGUUAGCCUUGGACCUUUCGAGCAGGUUAAGAAGAAGGGAGCCGUGGGAGGACGUGGCGGCGGCGUCGUUGGUCUCGAGCCAACAAAACGAGAUACUGGUUUGUUGAGGGGUUUCGGCUGGGGAAACAUCAGCAACUCUCUAGGGGACUUCCUUGGUGGAGGAGAGUUGAGCACGAUCAAGGAGAUGCGAGGAGCCGCUAACUCCAAGUCUAUUCCCCUGCUCAGCACACCACAGUCCAUUCUUUUUGUCGACCUACAGCUGGCUCCUGGUGAGAGUCGGUCCUACGAAUACACCUUCCGCCUACCAAAGGGUUUGCCUCCAACCCACAAAGGCAAAACAAUCAAGAUCUCAUACAGCCUGAUUAUUGGCACCCAGAGAGUUGGCGGCGCCAAGGAGCAGCAAGUGAGAUCUGUGGAAAUUCCAUUCAGGGUCCUGGGCAGCGUUAACAGCCACGGGGAAAUCCUUGGACACGACCUCAUGAGUCCAUACAUAAUACUACGAGACGCAGCGGAGGUCAAGAGCUUGGGUAAGCACUCAAGAGCGCACAAAUCAAAGGCUUCAUUUGGUCCGCCGGCGACGAUGAAUGAAUUCCUCAACUACGUCGAUGACUUGGCCACGCGGCCGCGGGACUCUGCGGGAGCAGCACUAUUAUCUCCAACAGAGUCAACGCAAAGACGGCCAUCGACAUACGAAGAGGUGGCUACGGCCAAGGAGGCAAUCCAUUUAGCAAUCAUGAGAAGCAACAUGGCUAGUGAUGGCCAACAAAGCGCCAAUCGAUUCGAGAUUGCACGCAACGGUCAGCGUGUGGGAGUGGUCAUGCUCACCAGGCCGGCCUACCGUCUCGGCGAAGUCAUCACCAUGGCAAUUGAUUUCACUGACGCCGACAUACCAUGCUACGCCGUCCAUGCAACACUCGAAACCUCUGAAAGGGUAGAUUCCUCACUGGCCGUCCGGUCAGAAUCAAGUCUACAACGCGUUACCCGCAAAGUAUACGUUGCCUCAUCCGAAGCAGCCAUGUAUUCUCGCCGCGUGGUCUUCACUCCCACAAUCCCCAUAUCCGCUACACCGGAAUUCGUCACUACAGGCGUCAACCUCGAGUGGAAGAUUCGGGUGGAGUUUGUGGUUCCAUACCAGGGGUCAGAUGCGACGCAACUAGGGGAACUGCAGGUUCCUCAUCCGCUCUUGGAGCAGAUUUCGCAGGAUGAGAAGGGUGGGUUGGUGCUCGUGGCUAUGGAGAAUCUGGCUUGUGAGAGCUUUGAUGUCUCGGUGCCGUUGAGGGUAUAUGGUGCUGUGGGGAGCGGGUUGGAGAGGUUGGAGAGGGAUGAGGCGUCUGAGGAGGGACUGGUGGUUUAG